AUGGCUACCGAGUUCCCAGCCGUGACUGACAAUGAUGGCGAUGGUUUCGUUAACGCUGAGGAGACAAUGAAGCACCUUGACAGACGGCAAAUGCUUUUGGACAAAACCGGUGGCGCUGCCGAUGACUGGACUGGAUCCUUUCAUGUGUACAUGAACAUCAACGAUGUUCCUAUCAGUACUCCUGGCCCCAAUAACGUUCAAAAAUUCUCUUCCACAUCAUCUGAAUCACUUGAUGCUACAUUUGCAAUGCACAACAACGAGAAUGAUUUUGCUUUCCUCGGGAUGGAUACGCUGGCGAUCGUGGUUAAGAUUGUCCAUAGAGAUGACUUUGCCAGAAGAUUUCUGGGCUUCUGGGCAGAAGCAGAUACGAAUCUGGCCGGCAUAGGCAUCAUCAAAGCCAAGGUCGUGAGUGGCGUCAAAACCAAACUUGACCGGUCAAAGGAAGGCAAGCAUCUAUUGUCUCAAAUCGGGGAGAUCUCCGCACAAACAAGUCAAACUCAAGACAAACGCCCUGUCACAUUCGAAAUCCUUUUCAAUGCCUUGAACUCUUACCAAAUAGAAGGGAAUCAUCACCAACUUAUUUUGAAUGACGUUGGCGAUUUGUUCAUUCGUGAUUUGACGGAGGAAGAGACCGAGGAGCUGCGCCAAACAGACCAUUCCCCCAGAAGCCCCGAGAAACACCAAGAUCUACCGCGCGAUUUCCGUCAACCAAAACAGCCGCUCGUCCUAGUGACGGGGGUCGUUGAGCCUCCUUCACCUCAGAAGACGUUUGACGGAAGCGUCCUUCCUGAACCAAGCGAAGCGCAGCUCGCGCAAUCUAUUUCUCGCUUAGCCUUGUUGGACAACGACCGGCUUGAGCCCAAGAGUCCGUUCUUCAGACACAAUAGCGCGCUGCAUAUCCAGCCCUUGGAACGCAGACAACCUCUAUUCAAGAGGAAGCCAUACAGCACCCCGACUAUCAACGAAAACACCCCUUGCCCAUACUGUUCUGAACAGACGGACUGUGUUAACCCGUUGACACUUACGGGGAGGGUGUUCACCGCCGGAUCCAAGGCCUCCGCCGAUGCCGUCUUGAAAAGCCAAUCGGAACAAGCCUGCUCGCUCCUGGACGCCGAUAUUAUUAGACAGAUACACAAGAAACAAUCCCCGCUGUCGAGUGACAUAGAGUUUGGGGAGACUGUUGACCGCUUCCACAAGGCUCGAGUGUUCGACGAUCCUAAACAGUCUCCCCGAAGUGUGUCCAGCUCCAAACGCGCUUCAGGCGGCUCCUCUCACGUUUCUGAACACCCGUCUGAACGACCUCCACCGCGUGGAACCCGACCUGCGUGCCACCAACUUCGUCACGUUAAUUGGACGUUGAUCUACAUCAGCCGGACGCUUAGCAAGACCCCGUUGACGUCGCUCCCCGCCUCAGCUUCUUUCGGACGAACACGAGGCAGGAGUCGAGUUACGCAAGAGAUCAUCAACGGCGUGGAGAGCGAUCACCUACCCCGAGUCGUCCUCCCCGGCAGAGAGCUCCGUCGGCGACACACUUCUCCCACUCUGGGCAUCGACGGUCAUUUAAAGCAGAAAUUCUAG